AUGAUUUGCAGAUAUGAUGGAGUAGCAGAAGCGCAUUUAGGUAAGGUAGUGACUGGUGCAGUGAUGACAGUUCCUGUCAGCUUCAGCGACAGUCAGGGUCAAGCUGGUAUGAAUGUGUUAAGAAUCAUCAGCGAGCCUACGCCUGCUGCUGUCGCGUAUGGUAUAGAAAAGAAGGAUGGUGGUCAGCGUAACGUGUUGAAUUUCGGUUUUGGCGGUGGUAUUUUCGAUAUAACGGUCUUGACAAUCGAUGAUGGUAUAUUAGCGACAAAGCCUACUGCUGUUGACAUCCUCUUGAGAGGCUCAGACUUUGACAGCCGUAAG